AUGCCAAUCCAAUGCCCACCCGGGCCCUGGCCUUGCUUCUCCUGGAGACGCAGCUAUGCUACGGUCUUGAAAGAGACAACGACUCGGCUGGCCAUUUGGUGCUGUUGUAGCAGCUUGGUUCAAGGAACAACUGAAAAUCAGAUUAUUGAUAGUCUACAAGAUGAAGAGAUAUUAUUGACGUUGGAAGGAGACGAACUGGAAGUGGUUCUAGUCAAAAUUGGAGGAUCCUCACUGACACACAAGGCACAACUCGAAACAGUCGACUCGGAUGCCCUUCAGUGGUUUUCCAACACGAUCAAAGAAACAAUCCAUGAGGGAUUCAAGGCACCACCACUGGACAAUCAAUGCGAGGAUUCCGUCUGUGUUGACUCGGAUAUGGCUAACGCUGACAAGAAUAGCGCGUUCAACAGUGAUGGCUCUCGGAGGAAACGACGGGCUUUCAUCAUUGUUCAUGGGGCAGGUUCAUUUGGACAUCACACGGCCAAGGAAUACGCCUUGAAGGGCCAGUUCCAGCCACCUCCGACUGGGGCAGCGGAACGCAACAACAUUAUUGGGCAAACAGGACGACGGUGGACCAUGCAAGGACUCGCGAAAACGAGGCUAUCGGUACAAACUCUGAAUCGAUUGGUUGUCUCGAGUCUGGUGAAAGCUGGGGUCAAUGCCGUUGCCAUUUCUCCCUGCUUUGGCAUACCCCGCAUGCAGGCUCAUGGAGGCGCCACGGAGGGACUGGUGCGAGUCGUUCGAGAUACCUUGCAAGCCGGAUUGGUCCCCGUCUUGCACGGAGAUGCCUGUCUCUAUGGAACCAUGCAAGCGGGAAUUCUCAGCGGAGACAUUUUGAUGGAACAACUUGGACAAUGUCACUGGGUUGGACGGGCCAUCUUUUUAACUGACGUCGACGGCGUCUUUACCCGAGAUCCAAGGGUGGAUCCCCACGCAACGUUGUUGAAACACAUUCAGGUGGAUAAGGAUACUCUCGAUAUAAUCAGCCCUGUAGUCACUGUCACUGGGUCGUCGCAUGAACACGAUGUCACGGGUGGACUCAAAACGAAGCUAGCAUCUGCCGCAACCAUUGCAGCAUCUGGAACGAAUGUAACAAUCGUCAAGUGCGGGACAAUUGGAGCAGAACGAGUCCUCUUGGCAGAACACGAUGACACUGUCAACGCGACAACUGUAUACUCGGGGCCUUGA